UAUUUUAAUGACUCGCAGCUUGAAUAAUAAAUUGUGAUGUAAACAUUUUACCAAUUCAUAUCAAUACACCAACAGGAAAGGUGCCGUAUAUCAAAGCUUCCAAAUACCUCGCAUUUCAGAAAUACAAUGAUACGCAGUAAAAUCACACAACCACAGGUUAGAAAAACAAAGCAGCCAGUUGAAGGAGUAUUCUGUAACUAUUCCCAUAGAACAUGUAUGCACAAUCGUUUAGAAGGAUUUGAAUAUUGUAUAAAGCAUAUUCUAGAAGACAAAAAUGGACCAUACAAACAGUGUGGAUUUAUUUCCUUGAAGAAUGGCAAAAGAUGUAUAAAUGCUGCUCCUAAAACAGAUAAAAGAGAUGGAUACUGUGCAGAACAUGCAAGAACAGCAGCUGUCACAAGACAAAAGUCAUCAAGGAAGCGUCAGCCAUCACAGUCUGCAGAAUCCUUGUUAGAGUCCAUUGAUCAUUACAAAUAUGCUGAUGUAACUAAGUCAAGACCAAAAUUAUAUACUGAUUCAACAUCAAGUAAAGUUUUAGAAUAUGCCAGUUCAAGCGAUUCAGAUGAAGAAUUACCGUUGGUGGAUCAAGCAUGGCGGGGUGAUGGGGAAAGUGAUGCUGAGAGUAUAGACAGUGAACAAGAAGACUACUUGAAGUAUGCUGGGAUAUACACAGCAGAGGAGGUGGCAUUAAUCAUGAGAGACAAACUGAUACGUCUACAAUCUCUGUAUAUUGACCAGUUCAAAAGAUUGCAGCAUAUUAUGAAGGAGAAGAGAAGAAAAUACUUGCAUACAUACAAACAGGAAAAGGAAUCUUUAGGGAGUAUCCGAGACUACAAACAAGAUCCUGAAACAUUACAUAAAUAUGAGAAACUGAAGUACAUUAAACGAUAUCAUAGAAGAUAUGGGAAAGAGGCUUUGUUGCAUCGACAGUCAAAACAACGUAGAAUAGCUGUGUCAGAGGGUUCUAAUUACAGACCACCAUCUUAUCCUAGGUGUAUCAACAUAGAUGGGAGUGCUAAAUGUUUAGAAAGAGCACUGCCUUUAUCUAAAUACUGUUCUAAACACAUUUUAAAUGAUAAUCACCAGGCUUUGUUUAGACAGUGUUCUUUUGGAGACACCAGUUGUACAUGUCCAGUUGCAUCAUGGGAAGAAGAACCGUUAUGUCAUAGACAUACUCCUCUUUCAAAAUGUGAACCAAGAAUACAUCUUGUAGAAGAGGAAAAAGAGGAAGCACUUGUGUUAACAAAAGAGGCUUUAGAAAAUUUAUUGCCUGAUUUAGAGUUAAAUCCUCAAGACUUACUCCUAGGAAAUCACUUUCUUGGACAGAACCCAGAAUUUCCUGAUUUGAUAUUUUCUGGAUCUGAUCAUGAACAGACAGAACCAAAGUUCUCUCAAAGAGAAACUGAAAAAAGGACCGAGGUAACUGCAAAUGACAACAUAACAACAUCUGGAAUGAAUCCACCUAAAACUGCAAAAAUGAAUGGUUCGUGUGACCAUAAAACACAAUUAAAUCCUGUUGUCUCACCAACUAUUGGUUUACAGCCAGUAGGAGAUGAACAACCAUCUACAUCAAAAGGCACUCUAUUAUUACUUCAACAUCUAAAGGGAGAUGUAGAUGUUCAAGGUUGUCCCAAAACAGAUACAGACACAAAUGGAGAAUCUGAUGAAAAGAAAAAUUGUGAAGAGCCAGUGGAUGAAGAGGAAAAGACGGAAUCUAAUUCUAAGGAACAGGGAAGCACUUUGGAAAAUGGCGUUUCAUAGACAAUUUUACAUUAAGUUUCAUAUAGUGCUUUAUUAAAAAAAAACAACAGA